AUGGCAACGGUGCAAUCAACCAAACGUGGGGACCCGAACGAGCUGAAGGCAAUUUUCCAGAAGUAUGCCAAUAUAGUGGAUAAGGAUGGAGAGAGGUUCAUGACCCCAGGAGACUUUGUCCAGAAUUAUCUGGGACUGCACACACAGAUUCACCACAACCCCAAAACAGUCCAGCUCAUCGCUGCUGUGGCCGACACCACAAAGGACGGGCUGAUCUCUUUCCAGGAGUUUCUUGCGUUUGAGUCGGUGCUGUGUGCUCCAGACGCCCUCUUCAUAGUAGCCUUUCAGCUGUUUGACAAGACCGGAACUGGGACCAUUUCUUUCGAGAAUGUGCGAGACAUCUUCAGCCAGACCACAGUGCACCACCACAUUCCCUUCAACUGGGACUGUGAGUUCAUCCGUCUGCACUUUGGACACGACCGCAAAAAACAACUUAGUUACCUUGAAUUCACCGAGUUCCUGCAGGAGCUGCAAUUGGAGCAUGCACGGCAAGCAUUUGCCCAAAAGGACAAAGGGAAGAAUGGUGUCAUCUCCGCAAUGGACUUCAGUGACAUUAUGGCUACCAUCAGGCACCAUAUGCUCACCCCAUUUGUGGAGGAGAACCUUGUCUCAGCUGCAGGUGGCAGCACCUCUCACAUGGUCAGUUUCUCUUAUUUCAACGCCUUCAACUCCCUUCUGAACAACAUGGAGCUGAUACGGAAGAUCUACAGCACGCUUGCUGGGACACGGAAGGACACACUUGUGACCAAAGAGGAAUUUGUCCAUGCCGCCAACAAGUUUGGUCAGAUCACUCCGAUGGAAAUUGACAUCUUGUACCAGCUGUCUGGCCUGCACUCUCCCUCUGGACGCUUGAACCUUGCUGACAUCGAAAGGAUAGCUCCUUUAGAGGAGGGGAGUCUGCCUUACAACCUGGCUGAAACUCAAAAACAGUCCCAUGGGGACGGUUCCAGAUCCGUGAUGCUACAAGUUGCUGAGUCUGCCUAUAGGUUCACUCUGGGCUCCAUUGCUGGAGCCACCGGAGCAACAGCAGUGUAUCCCAUUGACUUGGUGAAGACUCGAAUGCAGAACCAGAGGUCCACCGGAUCCUUUGUCGGAGAGCUGAUGUACAAAAACAGCUUUGACUGUGCAAAGAAGGUCCUUCGUUACGAGGGCUUCUUUGGCUUCUACAGGGGCCUGGUUCCUCAGCUCAUUGGUGUGGCACCAGAGAAGGCUAUCAAACUCACAAUGAAUGAUUUUGUACGAGAUAAAUUCACAGAGAAAGACAACACAAUUCCUUUAUUUGCUGAAAUUCUUGCCGGUGGCUGUGCUGGAGGAUCUCAAGUGAUCUUUACCAACCCGCUGGAGAUUGUGAAGAUUCGUCUGCAGGUGGCAGGUGAAAUCACUACUGGCCCUCGCGUCAGUGCGCUCAGUGUGGUUCGUGACCUGGGCUUUUUUGGCCUCUACAAGGGUGCCAAAGCUUGCUUCCUAAGAGACAUCCCCUUCUCAGCCAUCUAUUUCCCAGCGUAUGCCCACAUUAAGACUCAAUUUGCCGAUGAAGAUGGACGACUGGGACCUUUGCAGCUUCUCACAGCGGGAGCGAUCGCGGGUAUCCCCGCGGCCUCCCUUGUGACACCAGCCGACGUCAUCAAAACACGUCUGCAAGUUGCAGCUAGGGCAGGACAGACCACUUAUUCAGGAGUUAUUGACUGCUUCAGGAAGAUCAUGAGAGAGGAAGGCUUCAGGGCUUUAUGGAAGGGAGCUGGAGCUCGUAUGUGCCGGUCCUCCCCCCAGUUCGGUGUGACUUUGGUAACCUAUGAGCUCUUGCAGCGAUGGUUCUACGUAGACUUUGGAGGACAUCGCCCAGCUGGAUCGGAUCCAAAACCCAAGUCUCGCAUCUCUGAGCUUCCUCCCAUCAACGCAGACCAUGUCGGAGGUUACCGCCUGGCCGCAGCUACUUUUGCCGGAGUGGAGAACAAAUUCGGCCUCCAUCUUCCUAAAUUCAAGUCCUCCGGCGUGGUUUCCAUACAUCACCCCGAGCCUGCCACUGCCAAGCCGGCUCAGGCGUCAUAA